AUGGUUAAAGCACUUGAAAAUACUAUUUCGCCAGCGUAUUCUUAUGCAAGUCGUCUCGUAUGUCACGUAAAUAUGUAUCAACAACAUCAAAUUUUAUCGCUAAGAAAAAUGUCAAAACUGGCUAGUUUUCAACUUCAAAAGUCACGAAUAGUCGAUUAUUCACAUCUUAACCAACAUGAUCCAGACUUUGACUCAGAUUCAGAUGAUAGUAGUGGUGAAGAAGAUGAAGAUACUACUGGCAAUUGCACAGAUAAUGAAUAUUCAACUGAGAAUGACGAAGAUUAUGUAUCUAAUCAUCUUUUCAAAGUUAGUUCGACUACAUUUCAAGGAAUGCGAGUUUUUGAUUCCAUUAAUCCAACCUUGGCCUAG